AAAAUUAGCCGGGCAGAGCUCCAAGCCGGGAGCGCCGAGGGACGUGCCCGGAGUGGGGAAGCGGAGAGAUUUGGGGGGCCAGCCUGCCCGAAAUGUGGGGAGCGCCGGCCGCCCCGCGGGGCCACCCUGCUCCCCCCUGCUUGCUGCCGGUGACCUGGCUCCUGGCGCUGCAUGCAGGUCUACUGGCGGGGGUGAACAUCACCAGCCCCACACCGCUGGUCCGCGGCACGGCGGGCAAAGCGGCGCUGCUGUCGGUGCGCUACGCCAGCGCCAGCACUGACAAGCCAGUGGUCAAGUGGCAGCUGAAGCGUGACAAACCCGUCACCGUCGUCCAGUCCAUCGGCACCGAGAUCAUCGGCAACCUACGGCCCGAUUACCGUGACCGCAUCCGGGUGCUAGAGAACGGCUCGUUGCUUAUCAGCCCCUUGCAGUUGGCCGAUGAAGGCGCUUACGAGGUGGAGGUGUCCAUCACCGAUGACACCUUCACUGGCGAGAAGACCAUCAACCUCACCGUGGACAUCCCCAUCUCGAAGCCACAAGUGCUGGUGGCCUCCUCGACGGUGCUGGAGCUCAGCGAGUUCUUCACCCUCAACUGCUCGCAUGAGAAUGGCACCAAACCCACCUACACCUGGCUGAAGGACGGGCGGCCGCUGAGCAACGACUCCCGCCUGCUCCUCUCCCCCGACCAGAAGAUCCUCACCAUCACCCGCGUCCUCAUGGCUGACGACGACGUCUACAGCUGCCUGGUGGAGAACCCCAUCAGCCACGGUCGCAGCGUCCCCGUGAAGCUCACCGUCUACCGCCGGAGUUCCCUCUACAUCAUCCUCUCCACGGGCGGCAUCUUCCUCCUUGUCACCCUGGUGACUGUUUGCGCCUGCUGGAAACCCUCCAAGAAGGAGAAACGGCAAGCGGAGACGCAACCAGCCUCCGAAUACACCGAGCAGGACGAGGAACGCCUGAAGCACGAGGCCGAGGGCAUCCCACGGAGCGGCGAGCAUGAGCGCAAAAACCCGGUGGCCUUGUACAUCCUCAAGGACAAGGACUCGCCGGAGGCAGAGGAGGAUUCGCCACCCGAACCCCGCAGCGUGGUCGAACCGGGUUACACCAGCUCACCAGUACCAGCAGCUGGUCGCUCGCCGGGACCGGUGGGGCGUUCGACUCGUCGUUACCAUCGCUCGCCGGCUCGCUCGCCUGCCUCGACGCGGACGCACAGGUCACCGCCGGGUUCGCCGGCACGUUCCCGCGGCGCCCUGCGGCUGCUGCGGACUGCCGGUGUCCACGUCAUCCGGGAGCAGGAGGAGGCCAACGCUGUGGAGAUCAGCGCCUGAGCGAGGGGGACAUGUGCGCGCUUCGGUGGCGGCGAGCGAGUGGGGACACCAGCACGGCCCCGCUCCCGCCACCGGACAUCGCUCAGCUCGGCGUAAAGUCACUAAUUUGCUAUUGAUCCCACCCGGAGCUCCCCUCUUCCGUCCCCCGUCUUCCUGGGGCGUCGCUUUAAUGGCUUUCUCGCCGGGACGAGCGUGCAGGGAGCGUGCAGAAGGCAUGUGGGUGUGCUGGGAGCGUGCGGGAGGGAGCGUGCAUGCAGAUUGCAGUGAGAGCAUGCACGGAGCGUGCGAGAGGGCAUGCACGGUGUGCACAGAGAGAGCGUGCACGCACUGCACAGAGAGAGCAAUCACAGAGUCUUCAAGAGGGCAUGCACGCAGUGUGCAGAGAAAACAUGCACGGAGCAUGCAAGAGGGCAUGGAUGGAGCGUGCAGAGUGAGCGUGUGUGCAAUGUGCAGAGAGAGCGUGCACGGAGCACGCAGAUAGAGCAUGCAAGGAGGAUGCAGAGUUAGCAUGCAGGGAGCAUGCAGAGAGCGAACAGGGAGCGUGUGCACCGAGCGUGCAAGAGGGCAUGUGCGCAACGUGCAAAGAGAGCGUACAUAGUGUGUGCAGGGAUGUCACGGACCGAGCGCGCGGAGAGACCGUGCACGAAGUGUGUGGAGAGAGCAUGCACGGAGCGUGCAGACAGAUCACGCACCAAGCAUGCAAAAGGCCGUGCCCAGGGCAUGUGGACAGGGUGUGCCUGGAACAUGCAGAGAGAACGUGCACAGAGCGUGCAAGAGAGCGUGUGGAGGACAUGGAGAGAACAUGCACGGAGCGUGCAGCUAAGACUGCAUGGAUUGCGUGGAGAGCGUGCACAUGGAGAAUGUGGAGAAAGCGUGCAUGGACUGUGCAGAAGGUGUGCAUGGAACGUGCAGGUAAGACUCUGCAUGGCAUUCGCGAGAGAGCAUUGGGAGUGCUCUCCGAGCGUGCAUGGAGUGUGCAGAGAGCACGAGCAUGCAAAGAGAGUCUGUGCAGAGUGUGCACAGGGCAUGUGGAGAGAGCGUGUGGUGAGAGCGUGCAUGGAGUAUGAGAAAAGAGCAUACGUGAAGCUUGCAAGAGGGCAUGCAGGGAGCGUGCAAAGCGAGCAUCCACGCAGCAUUUGCAUAGGGCAUGCAUGGAGCACGCAGCGAGGGUGCAAAGAGCAUGAGGAGACAGCGUGUGUGCAGUGCUUGCAGAGGGCAUGCGUGGAGCUUGUGAAAAGAGCGUGCACGAAGCAUGCAGCUAAGACUGCAUGGAGCGUGCACAAGUGCGUGGGGAGCACACACACAGCACGCCGAGCGAGGACACAUGCAUCCGGCGUGUGCAAGAGCGCUGUGCCCACCCGCCGCAGCACACAGGCCCAUGCACGCAGGAGCCCGGCGCUGCACGGAGCGGGGGGUGUGCUAGCAUGCGAGCUCGCCCAAGCGCGCACACAUGCAGGCAGCCUAAAUGGGGGGCUCCCUCCUCCCCCCAGCUCCCCGGCUGCACCGUCCCCUAAACAUGGGCUCGAACCCCUGGCCCGAGCACUGCACCACCGCCGCGCCCGGAUUUUCUGUGAAAAUCCCCCGGUUUUGGGGCACCACCGUCACCUCUCCCCCAGGCCUUCCCGGGAAAUAGGUUUAGGAUGAAAACCAGAGAGCGGCCAGCCAAGCAAGCCGGGCCCCAGGGCACCCGGGGUGGGUGCCGGGGCACCCCGAGGUGCUCGGGGUGCGCUACUAACCAAUAAACUAAACAUACUACCCGGCUA